UUUUUUUUGCCAACUUGCCCCUGCUUGCAUUCCGCUAUGGCAAGAUCUCUGCGCAAGCGGCGGAACGCAAAGGUGGUUUCGGUGAAGCCAAAGGAGAAGAAAAUCCAGAAGAAGCACUUCAAUGUGCGCCAGAUUCAAGAUCCGGAGCUGCGAAAGCGCUUCGACAUCAAAAAGACGCUGCAAGAGAAUCUGGAGGCGACGGACCUGAAAGAGAUGUACUACGAUAGGCUUCCAAAGAAGAUCCCUAAGAAGGGCGCGCAUCCUGUGAAGGUGAACGAGGAUGAGGCGCCGAUUUGCAAGAAGCUGAUUGCCAAGCAUGGCGACGAUUACCAGAAGAUGCAUUGGGACAUCAAGCUGAAUGUGCAACAAUGGACUGCCAAGCAGUGCGAGAAGAAGGCAGGGUGCGCCUUGGUGUGGCAUCAACCUUUGCCCUUCCCAUGAAGCACCUUGGAUCAAGGUAUGACGAGCCGACUGCUUUGGCAAGGAAGAGGGUACUCACCUGCGGAUCGGCAGUACUUGCCUUUGUCCAGCACUUGCCUUGGUUGAGAGUACCUUACGUUUUCAGUGUUCCCCCCUUUCCGAUGAUCAUUCGGAGAAAUGCCAAGGGUUCUCUUUAAAAAGCCUGUCGCUUCGGGGCGGCUUGGAGGGUGCCUUGCCCUACCAACUGGGCAUGGGUGCUGGCGCCAGCAAUGAUGGAGGCAUGAAUCCUCUGUGGGUCGAUUUGUUUGCUGUUUUUGUUUGUUUGUGUGUGUUGUCUGUUUGUUUGUUUGUUUGUUUGUUUGUUUGUUUGUUUGUUUGUUUGUUUGUUUGUCUUUUCCACAAUUGGACGCCACCCAAACCAUUGCAUGUGUCCUUGCAUGUUCCUUUCAUCGUGAAGGGCGGAGGGCACUUCUACUUAGCCG